AUGUGGGCCAAUCUAUGGCUGCAGGAUACUUGUCAAUCAAACGUCAUUCGGAAACGGAACAAUUAUGACGUAAACACAAAAGUGUGCGAAAUAUUUCUGUUUAAAUUCCUAAUGCUCGUUAAUGGAUAUUAAAAUUGCAUAAACAAAACCUGCGAAUCCAGUUCGUUACUAUUGAUCAGUCAAAUCAUUUGUUAAGUACGCUGUGUCAUUUCUUUUAGAAUUGAAAGUGGGUAAAUAUGUCGCGCCAAGUAGAUACAAAUGUUGCUCGAUUACUGGAAGGUUUAGGAUUGGAAGACGAAGACUUCUGUGACUUUACCAUUGCUGAUCAAAAUUCUGUUGCGGAAUCUCAAGGCAUCACACCGACGACGCCGUCUAACUUUAAACCGGUACUCGGAGAAAAUGUAACAUACGUUGUGGCCUGUGUUAUAAUCAACGAACGAAAUGAAAUAUUAAUGAUGCAGGAAGCGAAGGAAAAUUGUGCCGGCAAGUGGUACUUGCCCGCAGGGCGCAUGGAGAAAGGUGAGACUAUAGUGCAGGCCACUAUGAGAGAAGUGCUUGAAGAAACAGGAUUGCAUUGCAACCCCACGACGCUGCUGGUCGUGGAGACCGCCGGCGGCAUGUGGUACAGGUUCGUGCUCACCGCUGACGUCACAGGAGGCGAACUCAAGACUCCCGCCAAAGCUGAUAAGGAAUCAUUACAAGCAAAGUGGAUUUCUAACUUACAAGAGAUAACUUUGAGGUCCAAUGACAUCUUGCACCUAAUUGAAAAGACUCAAUUGUACAAACAAAGUCAUUCUGGAAAGGGAUGGCACAAAGACCUUUUACCUGCUGCUGUUCCACAUGUGAAAGAUCUGCUAAGGCUGAUUGUAGUUAUUAAAAGACGUAGUACAAACAGGCUCCAUGUGUUGUUGAGUGAAAAAACUGCCAUACAUUUUCCGGUUUGUGAAAUUAACCCAGCUAAGAGUGUGCACUCUACAUUGAGGAGGUUUAUGGUGGAAAUGUUUGGAGCUGAUGUCGGGCAACACCGGCCUCUGGGCCUGCUCAAUGUGGAGGCAGAUCCUUCGAGUGAUGGCUGUUGUCUGACCCUGUUGGUAGCAUUUAGGCCUCCUAUAGAAGAGGUGCCUCUCAUUGGUAAAUGUGUAUGGCAUGAGUUAUCACAGGAAUCAGAACAUCAAUUGCUCUCUAAAAUAACAACAAAAAACUCUACUGUAGAACUGCAUGUUGUUCGUUGAUCCAUGACCAUUAUGAACAGGAGCAUUCCACGGGCUGUCCCGUACAAACGCAUUUUGUUUCAUGUGUUUGAACUUUUUUUCAGUGUUUAAUUCAGAUGAUUAUUUUUCUGUGCAUAUUUUUGACAAUUUGUCACAGAAAAAAAAACUCCUAUACCUGUAAAUCUUCAGAAAAUUUGCAUUUGUACAGGAUGAUGGUAGACAAUUUCAUGCUCCAACAUAAUGCAUAUGAUUUAUGUAUAUCAAGAAUACUCAACUUACUGUCUUGGGUUGUUUAGAUCUAUGUUAACCAAUUGUACUUUAAUAAAAUAACAAAAAACUAACAUACUAAUCUGUUAUGAACAACAAUAGCAUACAAAUACAUAACAUACAUAUUUUUAAUGGCAGAGGGAUUGUAUGGUACCUAUUUAAAAAUGUAAAAUACAAUUGAUUAUGUUACUUCUACUUACAUUUCUAUAAGUUCUAUACUGACACAUUCCAUUUUAUAUUGACUUUUAUCCAUUAUGUGAUUAUAUGAUUUGUAAAAAAUAUCAAAUAAAAAUAAAUAUUAAUAAAAAGGGUGCCAAUGUUGCCCUGGCCUUAUAUGAAUGUGUCACAACAUUCUUAUAUUAUGCUGAUUAGUUUUAUUUUACGUCACAAGACAUAAUAAUUUGUAAUCUCAGACUGUUAUUGCAGUACUUACCUGAAAAUUAUAUGAAAUAAUGUAAAUCAAAACAAUAUCAUCACAUGAUAUUUGCUUUAAAC